AUGAGUUUUAUCCUGAAACUUCACAGACAUUUUCAAAGAACAGUAAUUUUGCUGGCCACUUUUUGUAUGGUGAGCAUAGUUAUUUCGGCCUACUACUUGUAUAAUGGCUACAAACAGGAAAAUGAACUUCCUGAAACUUCUUCAGAAGUGGAAUGUGGUGAUCCUCAACUGUUGCCAUACAAGCUGAUGGAGAUGAAGACCACGAAGCCUCUUGAUCCCCUGAGGACAGACCUGGUAGUGCUGGUGUUUGUUGAAAGCCAGUACUCAACUUUAGGCCAAGAUAUAAUAACCAUUCUGGAAUCUAGCAGGUUUCAGUUUCACAUUGAGAUUGCAUCUGGGAAAGGUGAUCUCCCAGUGCUUAUAGACAAAAACAAAGGCAAGUACGCUCUCAUAGUGUAUGAAAAUAUUCUGAAGUAUGUGAAUAUGGACUCUUGGAACAGAGGCCUUCUAGAUAAGUACUGUCUAGAAUAUGGUGUAGGUGUGAUCGGAUUUCACAGAGGCAAUGAGAACAGCUUGCAGAGCUUUCAGUUGAAGGGUUUUCCUUUGCAUGUCCACAGCAAUCUGGGUGUUAAGGACUGUUGCAUUAACCCUCAUUCCCCACUCCUCCGUGUGACUAAACCUUCCAAGCUUGAGAAAGGGCCCUUGCUUGGAAAUGACUGGGCCGUUUUCCAGAUUAAUCACACAGCUUAUCAACCAGUGAUAUUUGCAAAAGUAAAGACACCAGAAAACCUUUCUCCACCUGCUGCUAUAAAUGCUCUCUAUGCCACAGUAAUUCAUGACCUGGGGCUCCACGAUGGGAUUCAACGAGUCCUUUUCGGCAAUAACUUGAAUUUUUGGCUGCACAAGCUGAUUUUCAUAGAUGCCAUCUCUUUCCUCUCUGGAAAGAAGCUCACACUGUCCUUGGAUAGGUACAUUCUGGUUGACAUAGAUGAUAUCUUCGUUGGCAAGGAUGGAACAAGGAUGAACACCAACGAUGUACAGGCCCUGCUUGAGACUCAGAAUCUUUUGAGAGCCCAGAUUACAAAUUUCACUUUCAACCUGGGAUUUUCAGGAAAAUUCUAUCAUACAGGGACUGAGGAGGAGGAUGAGGGUGAUGACCUGCUGCUCAGAUCUGUGGAUGAGUUCUGGUGGUUCCCCCACAUGUGGAGUCACAUGCAGCCACACCUCUUCCACAAUGAGUCCUCACUGGUGGAGCAGAUGAUCCUCAACAAAAAAUUUGCCCUAGAACACGGUAUUCCAACUGACUUGGGCUAUGCAGUGGCUCCACACCACUCAGGAGUCUAUCCAGUGCAUGUUCAACUUUAUGAUGCCUGGAAAAAGGUCUGGAACAUCAGAGUUACCAGCACAGAAGAAUACCCACAUCUGAAACCUGCAAGGUAUAGACGAGGCUUCAUCCACAAAAACAUCAUGGUGCUUCCUAGGCAAACUUGUGGCUUAUUCACCCACACCAUUUUCUAUAAAGAGUAUCCUGGAGGUCCAAAGGAAUUAGACAAAAGUAUUCAAGGAGGAGAGUUGUUCUUCACAGUGGUUCUUAAUCCAAUCAGCAUCUUCAUGACACACUUGUCCAAUUACGGGAACGACCGCCUGGGCUUGUACACCUUUGUGAAUUUGGCCAACUUCGUUCAUACCUGGACAAACCUGAAACUGCAAACCCUUCCCCCAGUCCAGCUGGCUCACAAGUAUUUUGAGCUAUUCCCUGAGCAGAAGGACCCUCUCUGGCAGAACCCCUGUGAUGACAAACGGCACAGAGAUAUCUGGUCUAAGGAAAAAACCUGUGAUAGAUUACCAAAAUUCUUGGUUGUAGGACCCCAGAAAACCGGUACUACAGCCUUGUAUUUGUUCCUGAUCAUGCAUCCUUCCAUCAUUAGUAACUCCCCCAGCCCAAAAACCUUUGAGGAGGUACAGUUCUUUAAUAGAAAUAACUACCACAGGGGGAUUGAUUGGUACAUGGAUUUCUUUCCCACUCCUUCUAAUGUCACCACUGACUUCCUCUUUGAGAAAAGUGCCAACUAUUUCCAUUCUGAGGAAGCUCCCAAGAGAGCUGCUUCCCUCAUCCCCAAGGCCAAGAUCAUCACCAUCCUCAUCGACCCCUCCGACCGCGCCUAUUCCUGGUACCAGCAUCAGCGAUCCCACGAAGACCCCGCAGCUCUGAAAUUCAGCUUCUACCAGGUGAUCACAGCUGGCCCUCGAGCCCCUUCUGAGCUCAGAGCUCUCCAGAAGAGAUGCCUGGCUCCUGGAUGGUAUGCUACCCACAUUGAAAGAUGGCUCACUUACUUCCCACCUUACCAGUUGCUAAUUAUUGAUGGACAGCAGCUGAGGACUGACCCAUCUACUGUAAUGGAUGAAGUACAGAAGUUUCUGGGAGUCUCUCCUCAUUAUAAUUACUCUGAAGCCCUAACGUUCGAUUCACAUAAAGGAUUCUGGUGUCAGCUCUUGGAAGAAGGAAAGACCAAGUGUCUUGGAAAGAGCAAAGGCAGAAAAUACCCUCCUAUGGAUUCUGAGUGCAGAGCCUUUCUGUCGAGCUACUACAGAGAUCACAAUGUGGAACUGUCAAAACUCCUCCACAAACUGGGACAACCUCUGCCAUCAUGGCUGAGACAGGAGCUACAGAAAGUGAGAUAGCAUUGGAAAAGAGCUUUUUGAAAAAUCUCCUUCCACACUUGAGUCGUCAUAGCUGAACUUUGCAACAGCUACCAGAAGGUCUUGUAUGAUAUACCUCUUCAAAAAAGUGUAAAGGAUAGGAAUUGUCUCCAUAUGCUGGCAUGUGGAUUGUAAAAAUACAUGUGUUCCUUAGAGCUCCGGUGGGCCAAA